GAGGUGGAAAUCUAGUUCUGAAUAACACAUAGAUUUAAUACACCUUCUUUAGUGAUAAACAAACUGGGUGUUUCAUUGUUUCUUAAUACUGGAAAUCCAUUUCCAGGGCCUAAACUUGCAACACAUAAUCAGGUGAGGAGUCCUUAUUCAUGCAAAAAAUUCCAUUGACUCAGUGAGUCUCCUUGCGUACGUAAGGGUUUGAUAGAUCAGGGAUUGGAAGCUGCUGAAGAGGGUAAAGAAAAGUGCAGCUGGGAUUAUAGUAUAUAAUAAAUUGAUGACGUUCUAAUAUUUUGUUUAUAUUGUCUCUCUCAUUCCAUUCUUAACUUUAAGAAUUUGUAUGAUCUGGAAAAUAGGUGCAGUUCUACUGAUGCUUGGGACUGGGGGAAAUGGACAAGACAGGACAUGAGUUAGUUAACAUAUAUAUUUUAUAAAAACAUUCAGUAGCGUGUAUGUUUUUAAUACGCAGUCUUGGCUUAUAAAAGGUGCCUUCUUUGCAUGUUCCAAGACAUAAUGGCCCUGACAAAUGGCCAUAUCUCACACCCCCUUUUGUAUGAGCAGCAGACAGAACUCCCCCGGGUUGAGCAGAUACGGGGUAUACAGCUUUUUCAGCAUCAGACACCCCACCACUGCCACCCAGGACUCCAUAGAAACUCUUCUAAGCGUGCCCACUGAGCUCUUCCAUCACAGAGUCUCGGUAGGGGAUGUACAAAGCAGCUCUAGGCAGAGCAGUUUGGGGCAAUAAUAACUGCUAGGCAGUUCCCUUUUUAGCUAUUGACCAGCUGCAGGGGAGCUAUCACAAUGGCAGCUACCAGAGCCAGGCAGAUGUAGAGGGAGGCCAAUAUAGGUAUGUGGAGGAGCAGUCUUCCAUGCAGGAUAUCUCUGCCUCUGCAGAUAGGGGGUUCCCUUCCUGGUGUAUCUGUGAGAUUAUAAUACCUUUCCCCCUGCUUGCUCUGUGCCCCUCCAGGUUCUUAUCACUUGAGAGGACAAUUUCCUGACAGAUGUGAAGUUUGGUUUUCAUUUGCCAUUGGCCCCUCUCUGUUUGGCCCAAAAUUAGAAAUCACAAUAUAGGUGUCAUAUUCUUUUAAGACAUUUGAUGAGAAAAGACUUGCUGGGUUCUCAAGUGCUGGAACAUUUAAGGUUUAUAUGCAUUUACUUUCCUAGAAAAAAGUUAAUUUUAAAACAUUGAAUAGGGGUGAGCACUGAGAGAACCAAUGGAAGUACAGGCACGUGGAUGUACUCUGUGUUCACACUUGGCUCUAGCCUGACACUGUGAAAAGACCUGAUUUUCCUAGAACAAGCGUAAGACGUCUGGUCCCCAGUCAAAUGCCUUUCAGAUCUAUGGAUUUAUGUUCUCCUCGCCCUAUCCAGUGUGAUGAGGAAAGGGGCAAAUGGUGGUUUCUUCUCAGAAAAUGGCUGGCCAACAAGUUCUUCCCCAAGCUUUGUCUCUGAGCAAUAUGCUGAAAGCCGUGAAGAUUAGGGAGAGAAUUCCUGAAGACCUUGUCAAACCCGCCAAUGGAAUAAUUCAUCACUUUAAAACGAUGUACAGAUAUACAGUAGAAAUGUUCAGAAUGUGCCAGUUUUGUCCUCAGUUUCGGGAGAUCCUUCAGAAAGCUUUAAUUGACCGAUCCACCCAGAGCUCACUGGAACAUCAGAGGAAGCUGAACUGGUGCAGGGAAGUUAGGAAACUUGUGCCGUUAAAGACUAAUGGUGAUGGUAAUUGCCUCCUGCAUGCUGCAUCCCAGUACAUGUGGGGUGUUCAAGAUGUUGACCUGGUCCUGCGGAAAACACUGUUCAGCGCUCUGAAGGAAGUGGAUACGCACAACUUUAAGCUUCGUUGGCAACGAGAGACACUUAAAUCACAGGAGUUUGUAGAAACAGGACUCCACUAUAACACCAGGAACUGGGAAGAGGAAUGGGAGAACCUCGUCAGAAUGACAUCCACAGAAACAUCAGUGGCCCGAAGCGGGUUUCAGUACAAUGCGCUGGAAGAAAUCCAUAUAUUUGUCCUUGUUAACAUCCUCAGAAGGCCGAUCAUAGUUCUUGCAGAUAAAAUGCUGAGAAGCUUGGAGUCUGGUUCAAGCUUUUCCCCACUGAACGUCGGUGGAAUUUACUUGCCUCUCCAUUGGCCAGCUGAAGAAUGCUAUAGAUAUCCUAUUGUCCUGGGAUAUGACAGUAUGCAUUUCACAUCACUGGUCACUCUGAAGGACAGUGGGCCAGAAAUCCGGGCUGUCCCACUGGUCAGCAGUGAACGAGGCAGGUUUGAAGACUUGAAGGUGCACUUUCUGAUGGACAAUGAGGAGAUGAGAAAGGAGCAGCUACUGAAAGAGUACCUGAUGGUGAUAGAGAUUCCGGUGCAAGGCUGGGACCAUGGUACAACUCAUUUAAUUAAUGCUGCAAAGUUAGAUGAAGGCAACUUACCCAAAGAUAUAAAUCUGGUGGAAGAUUACUUUCAACUGGUCCAGCAUGAGUACAAGAAAUGGCAAGAGAACAAUGAGCCUAUUACGAGGGAGACCUCCACCAGGAAUAGACUGGAACUGUCCUUACCUCAGCUGUCUCUUGUAGAGGUAAAAUGUGAAACUCCCAAUUGCCCCUUCUUUAUGUCUGUGAACACCCAGCCCUAUUGUCAUGAGUGCUUUGAGCAGAGGCAACAGGGAAAUAAACCAAGGAGACCAAGCACCAAAACAGGAUCUGAAAAGCCACGGACAACUGGAGCAGGCUCAUCUAGGGUUGAGUUUUGUGAGCCCGGGGGAGGGCUAUCUGAGGAGCCAGUGACAGGGCCUCAUUCUGCUCCUCCAACAGCUCCAAGCCUUUUUCUGUAUAGUGAAACCACUGCUAUGAAAUGCAGGACUCCAAACUGCCCUUUUACGUUAAAUGUGCAACACAAUGGACUCUGUGAACGCUGCCACAAUUCCAGACAGCUCAGUCCUUCUAACAACUUGGACAACCUGCGACAUUUAAACAGUGUGACAUGUAAAAUCUGCCUUCAGGACACGAACAGGACCUUUAAUGGCAUCUGCAGUUCUUGUCUCAAAAGGACUACAGAGCUGUCAAUUGCCCAUCCUGGCUUCCUGCCUACAUUCCAUCAGAGAUCUCACUCUGACCCUUCACAGCUAUCGCAGAGCCUCCUUCAGCAUUCCUGUCAUGCAGCACCCAGCAACGAGCUGCCUUCCGCAGUAAUGCUUCAGGCUGCUCACAAUUCGGAGGAAAGGAAUGGAAGUAGCCAGUGCAGAAAACCUGGCUGCAAGUUUUUUGGGACUCCUCAGAAUGAAGGCUUUUGCACUCUAUGCUUCUUUGAGUACAGGGAAAACAAUGGCAGUGCCUCACUACUUCAUCAGAGAAGGUCUCAAAGGAAUUCUCCGGCUUCUGGACAGCCUGGGACCUCUGCUGCCACAUUCCAUAACACCAUUUCCUGCCUGGGGCGAGAAUGUGGCACCCUGGGCAGCACUAUGCUUGAAGGGUAUUGUCAGAAAUGUUUUAUUGAAGCACAGACUCAGCGAUUCCGUGAAGCCAUAAGGACUGAACAGCUAGUGGGACAAUCUGAAAGAACUGGGCAACACAGAGACUCACAGGUAUCAACAGUGGGGAGCCAAAAGCGAAAGUGUGCCACGACUUCUUGUAGGAACAACUUAGCCUGCAGAAACGAUGAGCUGUGUCAGGAGUGCCAGCGAGUUCAGUCUGGGAAUCCUAGAGGGCCAGCUGCAGAAGAGCCUCCGAAACAGCGCUGCCGAGCCACUGGCUGUGAUCAUUAUGGCAAUAAUAAGUGCAAUGGCUACUGCAAUGAAUGCUACCGGUUCAAACAGCUGUAUGGCUAGCAGAGAAGUGCUGGCAAAGAGCAAGGAAGCAACAUCUGCUUCUACCUCGCUGAAAUGGUGCUAUGUCCAAAACACUUAAGAGGCCAGCCAUGGCACGGUCCAUUUGAACCGUGUGACAUAUAUAUGGCUUUAGGGGGAAAAUAAGCUGUCUGGUUUUGUACAUAUUUACGUCCAUGAGUAUGAAUAAAUAUCCACUUAAUACAAACACUGCAUACAUGGUCCAAUGAGAAGUCAGUUUGCUUUCUGCACAGAGGAAUCUUGCAGGAAUGAUCUGCUAUAAUGCUGACUCCAAACUCCCUCUCCUCUCGGAUUUAAAAUUCCUAGAGUGCAUACUGUGGCAAAGUAAAGCAUUUGAAUACAGAGGACUUUGCCUCUGCACUAAUACCUCCUCUGCACCUUGUCAGAACUGAUCAUUCAGAGUGCAAGAACGUUCAACCAAUGUCUGAGAUGCAGAGCUUCUUGAAUUGGCCUGAGUCAGUGUUUUGCUCAGUGUGAGGCUGGCCUUUCUUGAGAAGACUCCAUUCUCGUCCAGGGGAGUCUGGUGCAAGCUGGGGGUGAGGACAUAGAUAAGAAAUUUGUUUUUGCUUGCUUAGUUGCCUUUGUCUAAGAGCUCUGUCUUGCAUGUAGAGUGUUCUGGUUGGUUCUGUGUUUGCUGAGCCCUGGGCAGAAAGAAGUCAGAAAUGAAGGACAACUCGCGGCCUUCCCAGUCAACAUGUUUAACCAAUGUACCUCCUUUCCAAAACCCAAAAAUAAUAGGGACCCAAUGAGUAAGCCUAUGACCAUCAGCUACAAUUGCAUUUACAUGAAGGGAGGCCUGAACACUCCCCUCCCCAUCCCCUAGGGAAGGAAAUGCCACCACAAGGUAUGAGAAACAGCCCUAGGUUUCAGUGCUGCUGCCAAACUGACCCUGUCUGCUUUGGUGUAGGAGGAAGCACAUUGCAGUCAGAGCUGUGCAAGCUGCUCUUUUCUUAUUUUAUUGCCCCCCCCCCUUUUUCUGGCAUCGAGGGCCUGAUCCUGCAACAUGACAAGCGCCUCUUGUGCAGCAGUCAGAACGAUCACCUCCUGUUUUGGGAGUUAAGGGCACAACACAUCUCAGGAUUUGGCCCUGAUUAUCUCUGCAGUUGCUGCUCAGAUAUUUUUAUGCCUUCCAGGGUAUCUGUUUGUUCAGCUGAAGGACUUUUUUAUUUUUGUAACACUUGGUUUUCUACAGCGGCAGAGUAUCCUGGACAAAAUAUAUACAUACAAUCAUUCAUGAGAUCCAGCCCAUGCCCUGCAGCUGAGAGACCAAUUCUGCCGCUUACUCUUUCAUAUGUUAGAGAUUACUUUGUAACCAACCCCAAAAUGUAAGGAAGGUUUUAAAAGUAAGCUCCACGGUACACAACAGUAGCCACUUUUAUGGCUCCUGUAGCUGCUGUCCAUGUUUAAUGAUUGCAAGUUUGUAUCCCUCCUGGUUUUAGAGUGAGGUUUGGAUUUACAUUUGCAGGAAUGGUAUGGCCUGGCUUUUGUUGCUGCUGUUUGAGGUUGGAAAUCAAAGGGAGCGUUGCCAUGGACUUCAGUGGGGCCAGGAUUUCACUCCUGGAGUUCAGGCCUCCACUUCUCAAGCUACAUUUCUUUCUCUAGCAAACUUGCCUUGUUUCCUCUGAUUUUCAUCCCACCCCAUCCCUGAGUUUUUCAGCUUUUAUUGCUGCUAUUAUUUUGGAGGAAGCACCAUGCACAACAGCUGCUCUGAUCUACUUUUCAAAUGGAAUCUUUUGCAACUGUGUCCAACCCAAAACUACUCGUUACUGAACUUCUUUAUAUAUAUUUGUGAACUUUUACAAUAAAUGUGAAACUGUUAAGAUAUUUAUAUUAUUCAAAUUAUGUAACUUGAAAUUUGCACAUUUUAGGAAUUUUUUUAGUAUAAUAAUUUACUCAUUGAAUUUCACAAACGUCGACUAAGUAAAUGUAUAACUGCAAAAAAAAAUUCUCCAAUAUAAAGAAAUAAAUUAUUGAAGGAUUAA